AUGCAUUAUCCUGUGCUACCGAACCUCCCCGGCGCGGGGUGCCCAGGGAGACCGGCCGCGUUGCCCGCAGCCACACUUCGCCUCCCGAGCCCGGGGAGCUCCCCUGGCCCUCGGACACCGGCGAAAGGCUCCUCUCGGUGCGGGCUGUGCCCGCCGCUGCGGAACCGCUCCGUGGGCAUUCCAGGCGCCUACGGGGCACAGCAGGGCGGAGCAGCGCCCAGAGUUAACGGGACGGCGCCGAGUCCCAUCUGGCCCCGGAGUUUGGAAACUCCCGGCAAACCUGCAGCCACCACAGCGCCCACAGCUUGGCCGGGACUGGAGGGCGCGAGUGCCUUCAGAGGGACACCGCCUGUCCGGGCUGUGGGAGCCGCCGAACAGCCACCACCGCCGGCAGCGGGAGCCGGAGCGGGCUGUGCCGCCGCCUCCCGCCCGAGGGAGCCCCGAAACCGCAGGCAAACAGCCCCAAAACCACGGGGAAACAGCCCCGAGACAGCCCCAAAACCGCGGGGAAACAGCCCCGAGCGGCCGCGGCGCCGCACCGACAGAGUCGCGACACGGCGACUACGGCGGAUCCCACAGCCCCCUCUCUCCCUGCCCCUGCCGGCCGCCCCUCAGCCGGGGUCGGACCGGCUCUGCAGCCGCGGGGACACCGCGGUGGAGCGGUGGGUGGGCUGCGCGGGGCACUCCGGCUCCAUCCAGCAGCCCUGCUCGCGGGUAUCCCCCUCCACCAGGAUGCCCGGGCCGCCGGGAUGCCCACCCACCCUUCGACGGGAAUGCUCUGAACGCCGAGAUGCCCAUCCACCUCCACCCCUCCGCCGGGAUGCCCUGAACGCCAGGAUACCCACCCACCGCUCCGCCGGACGGGGCUUGCGGGUGCCGCGCUGCAGCAGCCACCAGUUGCGCUUCCCGCCCGGGACGGCUGCAGUACCUCAGGCAGGACGGGACGCGAAGUCUCCCCAGCACGGCAGCCCCUCUCGCAGCGCAACAAGUGCGGCGGGGCGGGGGCGGCGCGGGGGCGGUGGCGGAGCCGCCGCUCAGCGCUCGGGGCGCCCCGGCUGCCACUCAGCUCACCGCGACACCGCCCCCCCGCGCGAGAGACACAGCGCCGUCUCUUGGGCACCCGGGGACGCCGUACCCAUGGGCACAUACCAUCGGGUACCACUAGGGGGGGAGACGGGCCGCUUAACCUGCCCGCCCGCCGUGCCGGCCCGCGCGGCGGCGGCGCGGCUCCCCCCGCGUGUGGCGGUGGUAGCGCCCCGGCGGCCAUCGGAGCGGAGGAGCCGCACGGUGGGAGCCGCUCGGAGGGGCCGGGCGGGAGCGGGGCUUUCCCGGGAAUGCGCCGUGUGUCCCAGCGCGGUGUGUCCGAGCGCCGUGUGUCCCAGCGCGGUGUGCGGGCGCCGGGCAGGGCUCUGA